CAGUGUCUUAAGCUAGAAUUUAUAAAUCAUCAGGUUGAUGGCAGCUUUCUUGAAGUUUGAAUUCAUGAAAGAAUUUUAGUAGCUUGUGAGCUCAACAUCUUGAUGGUUUAAUAAAUUUAUACAAGAAGUCAAGGAUGAGGAAGUUCUUUUCUUUCAGAUCUUCAUAUAGUAGUGGAAACGACAAACUUGCUCCUUCAGAACUGAACAAGAGCAGGAAGAAGGUCAGUUCACGGGCAACUGAAGAGAUCAAUUCUAAAACUUCAACUCAGGAGAGGAUUCUUGAUGGUUUUCAGACUCCAGAAGAUUGUGUUCUCAAGCCGCGAAAUCAAAAUUUGGAAGAUGAUAGUUCAUCUAAUCCGUAUCUACGAAGGAGCCUGUCUCUUACAUCUGCAGCUAUUUGCAAUCAUUUGAAUGAGGGAAGUUUUAGUUCUUCAAGUGAUCAGAGCAGAAUGACUUCCUGCCGUGAUAAUGAUCAACAUGUGGGACGAUAUCCUCUAAACAGCCACGGCUCCUUCACUCCAGAUAGAUAUGGAAGAGCAGGAAGAGAGAAUCUUCUGUUCAAUGCUAUUGAGAAACCACGUUCUCCUGGUUCCUUUGGUGUUCAUCAAAAUUCAUCAGAUUCCAACUCAGCUUGCAGUACCCCAAUCCCUCUAAAAUGUAGAACAACUCGCACAUCCAAGAUUUCUUCCCAGAACAAUAUUCUUGACCUCUACAUUGAUGGAGAACAUAAGAUUACCAAAGUACAAAAAGAUUCUAAAAAAUGUGCUUCUGAAACUGAAGAAGAUGGUAAUUUGGUUGAAAGCAAUAAAAUUCCUACCAUAGGAAGGCCACCAAGAGCUUUGUGUACAGCACCAAUGUCACCUCAUUAUAAUAGAGAGAAUCAUCGAUCAUACUCAUUUCGGGAGAUCAGAGAUAAGCGUCCUGACCUCUCUAACAGAGAAUGGACAAGUGAUGAUAUCAAUCCUGUAUUCCAACAUAAAUACUUGGGAAAAAACAUUGAGAGCACAUGUGCAUUGCUUGGGAAAUCUAUUUCUGGCAAUCUGGAAUGCGACUCUAGAAUAAAUGCUCCAGUUGAAGACAUUUCCGAGGACUUGUCAGAUGGGAACCCAGAUAGCACAGCUCAAGGGUGCUCCUUUGAUCUUAUUCUGCUUGAGAAAAAGUUUAAUGGUAAUUUGUUGUAUGAACCUUUUGACCACAAGACGGUUUGUUUCUCAAGGAGAGGGGCUAAGACCUCUGAGCAUGAUGAGAUUGUAAACUCUAAGCUUCAAGAGCAUGUAAGCAAUGAAGAUUUGCUUAAAAAAUUGAAAGAGUUGGAGGAAAGAUACGAUUUAUUGACCGAAGAGGAUCCCGAGACUGAGAAGCUUUGUUAUGGAGAAUUGCUUCAGAAAAUAAUGAAGAUCAAAGAAGAUAGGAAACAUUUGGCUAUUGAACUUUCUUCACAAAUAAGAAGCCGACUUGCAGAGAGGUCUUUUGUAAAUGAACGUUUGAAGCAGUCAAAGUUGGAGCUGAAUACCCGAACAAGGAGGCUGGAGAAUGAAAAGAAUGAACUGAAGUUGAGCUUGGAGAAUGAGCUUGAUAGAAGGUCAAAUGAAUGGUCAUUAAACCGUUCUAAAUUCCAGGCUGAGGAACAGAGGCUGCGUGAGAGGGUAAGAGAACUAGCAGAGCAGAAUGUAUCCCUUCAAAGAGAAAAUUUUUCCUUUCAAGGGAGUGAACUGGAGAUCAGAAAUAGUGUUGUGAAUAUAGAGAGGCAGUUGAAUGAGAGCAGAGCAAGCCAAGAUGAACUAAAAGCAGAAAACCUCAAUCUUCGUCAAGCAUUGUUGGAGUUGCAGGAGCGUUGCAAUGGGGCAGAGGAACAACGUGACCAUGUUAAAAUGAGCUCCAAGGAGAUUGAAAGGGAGAACAUGGAGUUGCAGAAGUUGCUUGGUAGAUUACAAAGAACAUGUAAUGAACAAGACAAAACAAUCAGUGGCCUUAGACAGAGUUAUAGUACUGAUCUUGAAAAGAAAUUCUUAGAGGGAGAUGCUGAUGUUAUUCAGCUACAGACAGAGAAAAUGCGGUUGACUGGUGUCGAGCAGAAGCUCAGGAGGGAGCUGGAAUGUUGCAGAACUGAAACAGAAUCUCUGCGGCAUGAGAAUAUCUGUCUUCUAAACCGCUUACAAGGAACUGAAAAUAGAUAUGGCCUCUCGUUGGUAAGGCUUAAUGUAGAGCUUCAUGCAUGGUUAGAAUGCCUAAAGAAGCAGAGUAUGUCAUUACUUGAUGAAAGUAGCCACUUUUGUGGUCAGUUGCUAGAUUUUAUUUCAUGCAGGCGCUCUGAGAAUCGUGAAAAUGCUAAUUGUGAUACUGAUAAAUAUUGUGUUGUCGAUUUGACUUACAAGCAUCAGAAUUUAACAAGAGCAAUAGGAAGUUUUAGAAGAAGUUUGAAAGUAGUGUCAACAACACUUGAGGAAAAAUCAAGCAUCCAAGCAUCAAAAUGCGUAUGUCAGAAUGCAGAAAUUAAUUCAUCAAAGCAUCAGAAGGGCCACGGAUCUGAGGAUGACAUGGAAGUGGAACUAAAGGCUGAAGCUAUAUUAACUAGACUAUUGAGAGAAAAGAUUUGUUCCAGAGAACUGGAAAUUGAGCAAUUACAAAGAGAUUUGACAUCUUCAAUUAGGAAAUGUGAUCAGCUUAGCACUGAUAUCCAGACGCUGAAGGAUGAAGUCUCCUGCCUCAACCACAAGAAAAGGGAUUUAGAGAUCCAGAUGCAGAAGAAAGAUGAAAACUUCCUGCUGCUGCAGCAAGAUCUUCAACAAUGCACAAGAGACUUGACUGCUACGAGGAGCAAUUUGACAAAUGUGUCUGAGGAGAGGGAUCACAUUUGGGAAGAGAUGAAGCAGCUAAGGGAGAACAACACGAUAAUGGAUUGGGAGCUUAAAUCUCUAAACAAGAAGAUUGAAUUGCUCGAUGAAGAUAUACUCUACAAAGAAGGACAAAUAUCCAUUUUAAAGGACAGCUUGGAUAGAAAGACUUUUGACAUCAUCUGCAGUCCUGACACAAUGAAAGAAUUCAAUAUGCAAUGAGCAGCGUUGCACUCAUCAGGAUUAUGGCUUUAAGUUCACCUAUGGAUGAACAGGUGAUUAAACUGUUAAUAAUUCUUUCAUUGGCUGUUCAUAGUCUGUUACUCUCAUAGUUUCUUUUUUAUACUUUUUUUUUUCCUUCAGUUUCCAUGAAUGUUUGGAUUUUUCUGCAUUCAGUUUUUUUAUUUCCUUUUUUGUUCUAAAGAUAAUUGAAAUUUCUUCAUGAAUAUAUCCAACAGUAUAGAUCAUCAAA